CAGCUUAAAAAACACGGACAGAUAGCCCCGGACUUCCUGUUCUCUGCUGCUUACAGAGCUCACUUCAGAGUUUUUUUUUUAAGAGCUCUCACUGACAGCCAACAAGGGAGCAACUAAACGGAUCCUCUCAUCUUAUCUACUGCCGAGCCGGUAAGAUGCUGCACGCGUUGCUUAUCGCUGCCUUACUGGUGGUCAAACCCACCUGCACCGAGGCCUUUGGAGACAUGAACAUAUGUUACGUCCUGGACGGGAUUCUCAUCCUUUACGGGAUCAUUCUCACCGUCUUAUACUGUCGACUGAGGAUGGUACCCUCCAACAAAACGCCUGCCAAUCUGCCUGAGAAGCAGCCCGCUGCAGGAGGCAUCUAUGCGGUGAGACCUCUCAUUCUAAUGAUUAAAAAGACUUUAAAAAAGGCACAUGAGGGAAAAGUGACAGCUUAAGGCACGGCGGAUGGGUCUGACCAAUCACAGCACCGACGUCUACGAGACCAUCAAAAUGGACAAACAGCCGAUCGUCUGAAGGGAGAGGGUUUGGUGCAGAGCGUCUGCACUGUGUCAAAUAUCUCCAAGCUUUAGACUGUAUAUUAAGUUGUAUGUGUAAAGAGUUUCUAUACAUUACUUUUCUCCCAUUUCUUUUUGUAAAAACAUAUAUACUAUUUUUAUUUCUUAACGUUGCAUGUGUGAAAUGUUAAAACUAAAUUAAUUUAACAAGUUACUAAUAAAGGCUUUUUCUGUUUUCACUGCACAUAGCUCUGGGUUUCACAGCUGGUUUUACUUACUAAGAAAACAGAAGUUUAAAUUUAUGUCUUGUUUCUGUUUGCAUGUUCCCUUUUUUGAGGACUUUUACUUCACUUAGUGUGAUGAAAUAAUAUGUUAACCUUAGGAGUAGGGGUGCAGCUGAUGAUUCUUUCUCAUUAACAAUCAUUCUGCUAAUUCUUUUUUCACUAAUUGUUUUGUGUGUAAAAUAUCAGAAAAUUAUUAAAAAUGCCCAUCACAAUUUCUUAAA